AUUUGUUUUGCUUUUGAGUUAUGAGUUUCGACAGCUACUCGGUAGUUAAAAAGAAUGCCGCUUAUAUUCUUUUUUUUCCUGUUGUUAUUGUCAUCGUUUGCCGUUUGAAACGAAAUUGUUUACUUGAAAAGUUAAAUGGAAGCAACUGAUGACAGUUUUUCCUGAUAAUUAACUCCCUUGUGGCGCACUGGCGCUAUAGAUUGUGGAAACGUUUGUGGAUUGUGGAAACGAUCGUAGUUACCUGCUGUCGCUGCUUUUGACAACGCAUAAAUUUACUGUUAUUAACAAUUAGUGUAAUAAUAUGGUUAUUGACGAUUUGAAUCAUGUCGGACUCGUGCAGUUUUGCCAGAGCGAUUACAGACUUUUGGACCAACGAUACAGAUGAACUAUCAUGUACGACGAACGAUAUUCUGAGGAUAAUAUACAAAGAAAACCGUAAAACAGUGUUUGCGAAAAAUCUCUCCACGGGAUUAAGCGGAAAACUACCCAGUUACUGUUUAGAACCUUUCGAGAUUCCAGUCUUAGUGGAUUCCAGUGCUCAGAUCAUUUUCGUUGCGGUCAAAGAUUUUGCAGGGUCUGAAAAUGGGGAUUUAAGCUUUGGAAAAGGCUCCGUAAUUACUGGUGAUCGUGCGGUGGAUGCUAACUGGUGGUACGGAUGGAUUGGAGACAGACAUGGAAUAUUUCCUUUGGAAUGGGUGCGAGAUGUCUCCCAGGACGUUUUGCAAGAGCGAAGCAAUGGUUUUUUCUCCUCCCAACCAAUUACAAGCGAUGUUAGCUAUUCGGAGACGGCUAUUACGACGAAAAUCAACGGCAGCAGCCAGGCGCCGAUUCCCGAUCUUCUGUCUAACCACAUGGUUAGUUCCAUUAUGACGCCUGCGCCAGACGUGUCGGUUAUCACAUGUCCACACGGACGUGCGUUAUACGAUUUCCACACCGGUUUGACGAAUGAAUUAUCAUUUAAAGCCGGUGAUGUUGUUCUCCUGCAUAAUUAUGUUGACCCUAACUGGUUGGAAGGAGAACUGCCAAACGGUCAACGCGGCAUAUUUCCCAAAGAUUUCAUAACGAUUAUUGUGGAUGUACCUGACGGCAACGCGAUAAACGACGAUGAAAUUGCAAACCAUUUCCAGUCGGAUGAAGAAUUCGAAGAUUUCCCCCCAGAUACAUACGCUAUUGCGCUUUCGGAUCACAUCGGGCAAAAUGCAAACGAGUUACGUUUGAAGAGUGGCGAUGCCGUUACGAUUCUUCGGAAACGAGGUCAGGACUGGGUAGAAGCAAUGGAUGAUUACGGCAACGUUGGUUUUUGUGCCGCUAGCUGUCUGGAAAUUAUCGGCACUGAACCGGAUGAAAUUAGAUCGAGCAGCCAAUUAGAUAGCUCAUCCGGCAGCAGCUUUCGCAGCAGUCGUAGUAUGGCUAGUCCUACAUUUUCUAUGGGUUCUGGUGAUGCUAGCAGUUAUUCUGCCGACAAACGUUCUUCGUGGCAUGGCAGUGAUUAUGAAUUGCGAACUGUGGAGAGCACCGGAGCCAGUUUGAAUAGCGAUUCUGCUAACACUAUGGAUAAAGGCUACCGUUCUAGUCGGACGAAAGUGAUCGACGAGAUAAUUGCUAGUGAAAAGGAUUAUAUCGAAAGUUUAGUGGUCUGCAUGGAUAUUUUGCGAAAAGACUCUCCGCCGGAGAUAUUCGACUGUAAAACUGUCUUUGGUACCAUUGAUGAUGUCUUGAGCGUCGCAAAGGACCUGCUGCACGAUUUGACAUUUGCUCGAAAUAACGACGGACAGAUUGGGGAAGCGUUCUUGCGUAACAUUCCCGCACUGAAGCGUGCUUACAUGACCUAUUGUCAGAACAAUGAUGCGACGAUUGGGCUGUUAUGUCAGUACAAGGACAUAGCACUUCUGGAUGAAUAUAUGAAGCGAAAAGUGGCAGAAAUUCGGCUUAGAAUAAACUGUUUUGACUUGGCAUCCAUGUUUAUCAAACCUCUACAGCGUGUUUUGAAGUAUCCGCUGUUAUUGAGCGAGCUACUCAAGGCUACCGAUAAAUCACAUUCCGAUUACGUGUUUGUCCGAGAGUGCAUGAAGCACAGCACCGACAUCGCUAGUGGAAUCAACGAGCUAAAGCGGCGGAAAGAAUUAGUGGCCAAAUACCGCGACCAUAGUGAUGCGUCCUUUUCGGAGCGGUUGUCACGAUUCAGCUUCCACUCAGUUGUCAAAAAAUCAAGUCGAAUUGGUUUGUUAGUAUCGAGCACGAUCGGAUUAACGACAUUGAUGCAAGAUCCGACUUUCCAAGCGGCAGAGCGGCGGUUCCAGAUCACCAAACGGACUAUCAAAUGGUUUUUACGUAAUGUAGCCGAAUUUGUUGAGCAACUACGGCAGAAUCUACUACCGAUUUUGACAAGUAUUGCUGAGGAUUUCGCUCUGCUACUGAAGAAUCGACCUGACGGCGUGGCGGACGCAUUCAGUGGCAGUCAAGAAGCUAUAUCUAAGCAAAUAAUCCAUGAAUUUGUACCGAAAAUCAAAGUCCACGUGGUGCACCCUCUUGAAGAAACGCUGAACCAGUUUUCCGGACCGGUAAAACUGAUUAGUAAGCGUCACGCCAAGCUGAUAGAUUAUGAGAAUGCCAAAAGGAAAAUUGAUCGGAUAAAGGACGGACAGCGGACACAAGCGAUGCUUGACGAGUUGGAUUUGGCAAAGAAAGUAUAUCAAGCACUUAAUUCGCAGCUAGUCGAAGAGCUCCCGAAAUUCAAUGAGGCCACCGCAAACAUUUUGCGUACCCGUGUGGAUGGUUUCCUACACUUUCGGAAGUUAUUCUUUUACGCUUGCUCAUCGGCAAUUCUGCCAUGUGUGAAGGCUGUUUCAGCAAGCGGUCGAAAAGGAUCAGAAAAAAGCUUGGCACAGAAUCUUGAAACUGUGAUAUGUGAAUUGAAGAAGCUGGAUUAUGGAUCUGCCAUUCGAAUUCCAGAAAUGGGCACUAUCAAUCCUGUGGAAAAUGGUGGGGUUUUCGUAGCUGACAGUACUUCUACAAAUUUCCACAGAGAACCAGGAAUAGAUGUUGCUUCUGUUGACCUUUCAUCUGGAAAUUUUCGGCGGAGUAAUUCAGUACCAGCGGGACAUUCUCAGUCUCGAGCCGUACCCGUUGCUGCGGCGCCUCCGGUGCCCGCUCGGUCGUCGAUUCCUCCAAGAUCACCAGGACUGCGUUUUCGUGUUAUAAAGGAGUAUCAACCCAAAGACAGCUUUGAUUUGAGUGUUCGGCCCGGAGAUGUCGUCGAUGUGAUCAAGCAGCACACGCCGAUGGGAAACAGUGACCGCUGGUAUAUACAACACAAAGGGAAGACGGGAUUUGUCCCGCAGAAUAUUUUAAAGCCGUUUGACGCACUGGAUAAUGCCGAUUAUGCCUUUUUCGAGGAAGGAAAGAUUAUGCCUUUUUCGAGUGGAGUCGCUGCUCUUUUGAAUGAUCUGAAGCCAGUGGAAUCACAGUGUGUUGCUGCCUUUGCAUUUGUGCCUUACGGUCCUCACCAGCUGCCUCUGAAACAAGGGGAUAGAGUAACCGUCAUGGCCGCUCAUGAUCUCGAUGGGAAUACUGAGUGGAGUUAUGUGGAAAACUGCUUUGGAGCUCGGGGUUAUGUUCCUACUACCUAUUUGAAGCGGUUUGUAGGAAUGACAUCUCAAUGAAGCGAAUUUCGUUUUGCAGUAUUCGAUGGGUAAUAUCAGUUUUGAUAAAUAUUUACUUUCAAAACCUUCUGUUUGUAUUUUUGUAUUAUACUCGAAGGCACGGUGGUUGCUGGUCAGCAAACGUUGUUAACGGUUUUUUAUAUUGUGUUAGUCAGAUUUUUACUUCUAACCAUAGAUUACGGAUUUCUGUAGAAUUGUAAUUAUGGUCACCUUUUGGAUUCGUGCGAUGAAAUGAUGAACAACAGUUUUCGAUACUGUUCUGUGAUUCGUUGACAAAAGCUGGGAAAUACAUUUCGAACUUCUACUCCAAGU